AUGGCUCCUGCUCCGCGAUCUCAUGCUAAGCGUCUACGAAGCCACAAAAUCCAGAAACCGAACAACAAGCGACAGAAAACCAAACCCAAUAAGCUCCCAUCCGUGGACAACAAGGCAUUAUGUCAACCAUCAUCGACACCAGCCACUCUGUCCGAAUUCAGUUUGUUCCCGAAGCUUCCACUGGAGCUGAGAUUGAUGAUCUUGGAGCUCGCUCUUUGCCAACCUCGUGUCUUACGUUUAUGGACGAUAUACCGAGCAUAUCCGGUGGUGUUGUCGGAUCCGGACAUAAUACCACCAAUGUUUCAUGUCAACUACGAAUCUCGAGACCGGGCCAAAAAGAUCUACGAAACGGUAACUCAAGCUGUUUGGACGCACCCCACCAAAUCAUCUUAUGCUGUCAAUCCCGCGGCUGACAUACUGUGUCUUGCAGGCCGUCUCGACAUUACCUGUUUCAAAGAAUUAGUAAAAGACUAUCCUGUCAUGUCCACCCUCAAACACCUGGCAUUUAGGGACCAUGUUCGUCCCUAUGAUCAGGCAGUUGGUCCAGAUAAUGGCGUUGAACUUCCACGUGAUUGCUUCCCAAAUCUAGAUCAAAUCACGAUCAUCAAGGAUAUUUGGCGGCUUGAAGGAGACGAUCACCUCCCACAAUCAGAGCGGAAUCAUAUCAGUAGAUGGAUACUUUGUCUUAGGAAGAUUUGGAGGGAAAAGCACGACAGAGAAUUACCGGCCAAAAUAACGAUUAUGGACCACAAGUCUUCGCUCACGUCAGCUCAUACUGUCUUUCACGAACUGAAGCCGGAUUUCUGCUAUGUGAAGCAGUUACAGGAGAUUGCGUCUCUCUACCCAAAGUAUUGUUAA